CUAACCUCAAAAUUUACUUCGAAAAAUUCACUUGCACGUGUAAAUUGUAAACGAGUCCACUUUUCAGUAAAUGUUUUAAGUUAGUUUAACCAUGGAAUAUUCAGUGGGAAGUCUGGCUGAUUUAAUAUCAGGGAAAAAUACUCCAAACAAACCGAAAGUUAUUCAGAAGGCUUUUACACCAACCAGAGUAAGUAAUGCAGAGGCUGAUGAAGUUAAAGUGAAAACACCGAAAGGGAAGAAAAGUUUAACUCCAAAUAAAAAGCAGAAAUUAAAUGCCUCCAAUGAUUUUAUAAGCCUGGAAAGUCCCUUAAAACCCAAAAGAAAAAGUAAAUCGAUUGAUAAUUCAUUUAAUGUGACUGAAAAUGUUGAUGACAGUCCCAGUAAAAAAAAGAAAAAGAAUGCAUUUGAAUGGGAAGAUACAAAAGAAGAAAGUGCUCCAACUAAAGUUAAAAAGGAGAAAAAAGCUGUAAAAGAAGAAAUUUCCCCAACUAAAGUUAAAAAGGAGAAAAAAGUAAAGAAAGAAAAAAUAAAAACGGAAACAAGCGUAGACGCAGAAUCACCCAAGAAGAAAAAUCUUAAAAGGAAAAAAGACGAUGAAGAGGCACCCGAAGAAUCACCUUCGAAACCUAAAAAAACCAAAAGUGAAAAAAAUGCAGGCAGGCGGGUUUUAAAUAAGGAGAGACAGUUGAACAAGGAAAAUCCUGAGGAUCAAGCAAGGACAAUUUUUGUGGGAAAUAUUCCAUUAGACACCACUUUGGAUGCCACGAAGAAAAAACUGAAGCAACACUUUAGAAAAUAUGGAAUUAUUGACAAUAUCAGGAUUAGAGGCAUUCCAGUGGCUGAUCCUAAAACAUCCAAAAAAUUGGCUGCUAUUAAGUCAGAGUUUAAUCCCAAUCGCAAAACUGUCUAUGGAUUUGUUAAGUUUAAGGUUGCUGAGGAGGCAGUUAAGGCCCAAGAAGAAAAUUCAAAGGAAUUCCAUGGACACCAUCUUAGGGUCCAUAUUUUAAGCUCUGAAGACAAGCCUGAUGAAACCAAGGCUAUUUUUAUAGGAAAUUUAGGGUUUGAUGCCAUUGAGGAUGAUCUAUGGAAAAUAUUUGAACCUUGUGGAGAAAUUGAUAAUAUCCGUAUUAUCAGGGAUGGAAGGACAGGCAUGGGUAAAGGUUUUGCUUACAUUAAUUUCAUGAACUCAGAUUCAGUACAAUUGGCAUUGGAAAUGGAAAAUGUGAAACUUAAAAAUAGAGAGUUGAGGAUAUCUUUGUGCAAUUUGAACAAAGCCAAAAAGUUGAGGAAGAAAAAUAAAGUUACACAGAUGGAUGAUAAACCAGACAAACCUAAAGGUAGGUUCCGAAGGUUUAAAAAAGGCAAAAAAGUGGAUGGAGAGCAAAAUGGGAACAAAACACCUUCAGAAAAUAAACCUUUCCAAGGCUCCAAGUUUUCAGAUAAAAAUAAGAAAAAGAAGUUUAAUAAGGGUGACUUACAAAAGAAAAAACUUAUUAAUAAAAUAGCCCCUAAAGCUAAAUAGAUGAAUAUAUUAAAUGUUUUAUUAUUUUGUCAACCAUAAUAUAAGUUAAAUGUAAA